AUGUCUCGAGAUCUCCCGUUGCAAAGAUAUUGGAGUCUGUUGAACGAGCCAAAGCAUUCAAGCUCUGCUUACGUCGCAUUUGGGCUGUUGCUGGGAGUCUGUCGAAACCUGCCUGUGCUCAUACCAGCCGUGGAAUGUUUCCAGUCCCUAACCACGAGAAUUAGCAUCCCAAGCACGAAAAAUGUGCCUUCGAUCUCUGCGAGCACUCGAGAGUCUAUUUCACCUCCGUGCCACAACAUCACGAGUGCGGAGCUAACUGCGCAAGUAGAGCUGGAUACCAAGAAUAAAGAAGGCCAGACAGGCCAGACAGCGCUACACUUGGCGGCCGAAAAGGGCCAUGUAUCGGCUGUGAAGGAGCUCCUUAAAAAGAGAGCAAAGGCAUCCGUCUCGGGCUCAAGGGAAAACACAGCUUUAGACCUGGCAUCUGAAAAGAUGCACUCUGAUACUCUUCUCAUAUUGCUCGAGGUCCUCAACAAAGGAUUCGAUCAGGGAGAGCUUGACAAGGCCCUGCUUUUAGCUGCUGAAAACAAGAGUGAAGAUACGGUCGUCAGUCUACUCGAAUUUGGGGCCAGCUUGCACUGGGCGGCCUUCAAUGGGCUCAAGGUUGCAACUGAACUCAUCCUUGAUGAAAAAGCAGACCCCGUCUUGCAAGAUGAAAGGGAUCAGACGGCUCUUAUCUUGGCAGCAGGAGCUGGGCGACUCGGCUUCGUCCAGACGCUUCUCGGGAGAGGAAGCGAACCCAAGACAACUGACAAAAACGAGAAUACUGCGCUUCGCCGGGCAACAGCUCGUGGGUAUGACAAAGUGGUCCGCGGGCUCCUCAAGUGCAUGAAAACUAAUGCCUGCGACAAAUACAAGCAGGAAGCACUAAAACUGGCUGCGGAAAAGGGCCAUUCGUCAAUGGUCAUGAUGCUGCUCGACGGCUUUGCCGAUCCAGCCAACUCAACGGCAGUCGACAAACUCCUGGACAGAAAUGCCGUUUCAAAUUAUCGAGACUCGCGAGGCCGGACAGCACUGAUCCUGGCGUCCGAACGAGGCUACACUUCCAUAGUCCUGAAGCUCCUCGGGGCCGAGGCUAGCCCAAACAUCCAAGAAUACUCGGGAGGCUCCACAGCAUUACAUUUUGCAGUCCGAAAUGACCAUAGAUCCAUAAUAGAGGUUCUUCAUCUUGCCGGGGCUGACCUCGACGUCCAAGACCAUGCCGGACGGACUGCACUCCUCGUGGCAAUGGAGGUAAUCGAUUCCCGCAUUCCCAGCGAGGAUCCCUAUAAAGUGCAUCUCAAGCCGUUUAGAAGAAAAUAUCUAAUAUUUCUCGACGCAGAGCGUCGGGUACAAGGCGUGGGCUUGGAAUCUUUCUUUAUUCUACGUUACUUGCUGUCCUAUCGAGCAAGCACACACAUCCAGGACAUGCUUGGCCAAACAGCGCUGCACUGGGCCGUUAGGCCGAACCUCAUCUCACCUCGAAAGACCUGA